AGCAGCGACUUCGACGACAACAGACGACCUGCCACCGCCGACAAGAUGGGUGCCCUCAAGUACGUGGAAGAAAUCCAGAAGAAGAAGCAGUCCGAUGUGGUCCGCUUCCUUCUCCGUGUCCGUUGCUGGGAGCUCCGUCAGCUGAACGCUAUCCACCGUGCUUCCCGUCCUUCUCGCCCCGACAAGGCUCGUCGUCUCGGAUACAAGGCCAAGCAGGGCUAUGUUGUCUACCGUAUCCGUGUGAGACGCGGUGGCCGCAAGAGGCCCGCCCCCAAGGGUGCCACCUACGGCAAGCCCACCAACCAGGGUAUCAACCAGCUCAAGUACCAGCGUGCUCUUCGUGCUACCGCUGAGGAGCGUGUUGGCCGCCGUUGCGCCAACUUGCGCGUCCUGAACUCCUACUGGAUCAACCAGGACUCCACCUACAAGUACUUCGAGGUUAUCCUUGUCGACCCCCAGCACAAGGCCAUCCGUCGUGAUGCCCGCAUCAACUGGAUCUGCAACGCUGUCCACAAGCACCGCGAGGCCCGUGGUCUUACCGCCACUGGCAAGAAGUCCCGUGGUAUCAACAAGGGCCACCGCUACAACAACACCAAGGCUGGUCGCCGCCACACCUGGAAGCUCCAGAACACCCAGAGCUACUGGAGAUACCGCUAAGCGUAGUUUGGUGGAUACCUGGGGUUGUGUGUCGUGG